UUUCUUCUACCUUGGACUACUUGUCCCGAGAUGCAGUUCCACCUCCCAGAUUCCCUAGUUACUAUCUCUAAGCACUGAAGUCGGUGUUUGGAGAAAAGGACUCAGGUGAGGACUGGAGGCUUAUCAAAGUAUUGGCUUUGUUGCAAGAGCAGGUCAAGAUUUAGCUGUUCUUCAGUGAACAAGUGUGCAGAUUGUCAAAUAUGUCAGUUCAUCAAAUAAGAAAACAUGCAGUUCUCCCACCUAUCAUUUGUAGAAAUGACAAGGAAUUUUUGGAAAGUAUGCAAAGAUACAUAAUUACAGAAACUGAAAGACUGGGCUGUAGUGAGGAAGGACCUGCUGAUGAAUAUUACAUCAUAUACCGAAAUGUUUUUGAUAAGGUAUCAUAAUGCUCUUAAGACAAUUAAGUUUUCAUGAGGAUAGCAAUGAUCUAUGUUGACAACCAAUAUUCCUGCCUUAGUAACACCACUGUUUGAAUGAUCACAUUCCAUUUGCUGAUUUUGAGAAGUUCAUCCAAUUUCUCAGAAAGGCAUGAAUGGGAAAAAUGUAAUUCUGGAUUUGUAUUGCCUGACUGUGAAUGAGUGUUUCAGUUAUUUUAGCUUGAGAGCAGAUUAUAAGUUUCCUUUAUAUAUUUUUUAAAGACAGAGUCUCACUGUAUCACCCAGGCUGGAGUGCAGUGGCACACUCAUAUCUCACUGCAGCCUCAAACUCCUGGGUUCAAGUUAUCCUCUUGCCUCAACCUCCUGUAUAGCUGGGACUACAGGCUUGUGCCACCACUCCUGACUAAUUUUUAAAAUUUUUUGUAGAGACAAGGUCUCUGUGUUGCCUAGGCUGGUCUUGCACUCCUGGCCUCAAGCAAUCCUCCUAUCUUGGCCUCCCAAAGUGCUGGGAUUACAGGCAUGAACUACCAGUGCCUAGCCCUGGUAUCAGUUUUUGAUCAACUACCUGGCUGUAUGUACCCUCUGAUAAUAAUUUUGACCUUUUCAUCUAAAAGUAUCAUCUGAUUUGUUAGGAAUUGGGCUGCAAGCAGGAACAUAAUACUUUCUUGUUAUUUUGAGUUUGUUUGUGGUAUCAUUAAAAUCUUGGUUUAGAUUUUAUCUAACAUUAAAUUGAGGUUCCUUGUGGAUUGGAGUUCUAUCUAGAAUUAUCUAGUCAUGGUUUACAAGGAAUUAGACUGGAAUUAAUAUUGGAAGUAUGGAGAUCAGCUUAGAAAAUGCUCUAACUUUGUGGAACAUAUUUGAUUUUGCUUUUCAAGGUUUUAGAAAUACCUAUUAUCCUUCUAAACAAUUGCAGUUUGCCCACCAAUCCUCAUUUAUUUAUGCAGCUUUUUUUUUCCACCCCAUCCUCGGAAGAUGCCCUGACAGUGAAAUAAGUGCAAUCAGCUUCUUUCCUCUUUGCCAGAGGAAGUAUUUACCUUAAGACUUCAGUAAACUGUUGGUCUCUGAGAAAACAGCCACAGGCAAAAUAGAAACUCAGUCUUUUAAUUUUUAAACAUUACACACUAUAACUCUUAUUUCUCCUCUAAAUAAAAACCUAGUGCCUCACUCUAAGAGAAAGUGAGCUUCAGAUAGUGAUAUAUACCUACCAGUAGAAUAAGGAAAGUUGAUACGUAUUCAUAGGAGUAUAAAAUAGAGAAACAGAGUCUUUUCUUCCUUUUAUAUCAUACAGAAAAUCUAUCUCUUAGAAGUGGUACAUUGGCAGGUUAGCUUCAUUUUAUAUGCUGUUAGGAUCAAUGAUAUUGCUCUUGGUGUUUUAGUUAUUAAGGAAUGUAUUGCAUGAAUGUUUAAAUAAAGGUAAUGUAUUGAAUAGGUUUUAUAAAUAUCAAGAGUCAUGCUGCAACUCUACUGUGUGAAAUUAGCAAAGGAAAGUCAUAACUAUAACAUGUUUAUCUUUGCAUGCCCAAGUGCUAACACUUGUCAGAAUUUUUCUUACAUGAGGAGCUCUCUGCUUUACAUUAAUGUAGUUAUAGUGAAGUCAUUUUGGAGGUAUUGUUGGUAAAUUUAAUUCCUAGAGAAAACAUAUGGUAUUAAAUAGAAAAUAAUAUUGACAUAUAUGGUCCCUGUUUCUUUUCUCCUGGUGAGGAGAAAAGAUUUACAUUUGUACUAUUUGCACAUUGCAUAAUUGUAAAUUUUACCUUGUAAAUAAUUCUGUUCUUCAGGACUGAGAGGGGAUCUAGAAAUGGAAAUCAUUUGGUACUUUGAGAAACUUUUCUUCUAGCUUCUUGAUAACAGAUAAUUUACCUUCUUCAUUUUCACAUUAUUUUAGCACAUUUGAUUGUUAAUGAACUAUUAAUGACUGUCUUCUUUGAUCUUCCUACCCUUUUAAAAGGAACUAGUUGGACAGAAGAUAAAAGUGUCAGCUUGCAUCUCUGGGUACUUGGAAUUGGGGAACAAAUACUAAAUUGUGUUUAAAAUCAAAGAUAGAUGGUUUGACCUGGAGAAUCAUACCUGAAUCAAAGCAAGGAAGACUUGAAACUCAUACCAAGAGUUGGGAGUGGACUGUAGGGUGAGCGAAAAACCUAGUAAGCAGAGAAGACCAAAACUCGGAAGAAUGAACUUUUUUAGAAAUGGAUGACUUACUGGGCUGGGUGUAGUAGCUCAUGUCUGUAAUCCUAGAACUUUGGGAGGAUUGGUAGGAGCAUCGCUUGAGGCCAGGAGUUUGAGACCAUUCUGGACAACAUAGCAAGACUCUGUCUCUACCAAAAAAGAAAAGGGGGGCGGGGAUAUGGAGGUAGCUGGACUCUGUAAAGUGGCUGACCUUUUGUGUUCCUGUAGCAUAUUGUACAAAUAGUUCAGAUCCAUAUGUAGGAGCUGAGGUGGAAUGAAAACCAUUCCUCUUCUUCCUUAGACCCCUGUACCUGGUAAAUAUAGCUAUGGUUAUUUUCUUGGAUUUAGUAGCAGCCUUAAUGCUGGGGUCUCAAACUUAAAUGCCUGCAGAGGCCACCAAGGUAAUAUAAAAGAGUUAAGUGGGCUGGCUAUAAGAGAAUAAGGAAUGGUGGGGAUUGUGGUAAAAUGAAAAACCACAAUAAAUAAAUAAAUAAAUAAAUAAAUAAAUAAAUAAAACCAUGAAUAAAUAAACCAGUAAAGGAGAUUGUAAUCGAAAGCUCCAGGUAUUAUUGCCAUUAAGGAAUAGGGGUUCCAUGUAGGUAGAUUUUUCGGAGUUUGCAAGAGAAGUUGAAAAUGUGGUUUUGGGGUGAAAUUUCCUAAAUUUUAAAAUAUUAUGUUGGUUAAGCAAAAUUGCCAGCUGUAUUCAUCCUGUGAUGUGCCAGUUUGCAUAUUUCUACUUUAGUGUAUUUUCUGUGCAUUCUUAAAGGUUCCCAUGAGUGCUCUUCUGAAAUCUGUUUCUUCUAGCAAACAGACUUGGGAGCUGAUCGUGAAUGAUACCACUACAUAUUUAUUAUCUACUCAUUAAUAUAUCUGAGUUGUCUUGGAUUGUUGGAGCAUAUCAGAGGAGUGUAUGAAGUAGAUGGCCAGGAGCAACAGGGUACUUAAUUUGGAAAGCCGCAGAUUGAUGAGCUCUAUUUUAUUAAGGAUUCUUGAUUUGGGUGGAUAGGUAGUAAGGUCAUGUCAAAAAGACCACAAGUAUCAUCCACUCAAAUAUUCCUCUCCUGGCACUUGCCAGGAGAUCAAUAAUCUCCUUAUAUCAUUUGCUCAUAGACCAGAUGCCUUCCUAGAUAAUUUUUUCUAGAUAUUGCCUAGUUAAAGAAAGCCAGUGGGGGAUACCAGAGGCUAGAGAUGUAGCAGGAAUAGAAAGCAUAAUUGCAGCUUUCUGGGAAAAUUAGGGAUUGAGCCUGUCUAUUCUCUGUAUUCAUCAAUCCCUCUGAAAUCCUCGUGUGCAGAAUUUGGAAACCAUACAUUAUUUAUAACUUUUCUAUUUUUAUUUUUUGACUUAUUUAAAAAUGUUUCUUUAUUUUUACAUGGGUAAUGCAUAUAUAAGAUUAACAAAAAAUAAAUGAAUAAAUAAACCAGUAAAGGAGAUUGUACAAUGGAAAGUCUGGACCUUCUCAUCUGAGAUGCUACUUCUCCUGUCCUUCUCUGCAGGCACCCAGUUUCUGUUUUCUUCUGUUAUCCUUCCAGAGAUUUUCUGUGCCUAAACACCAUUUGACGCCACGAAUGUAUAGUGAUGAGGGGUUUUUUACAGGUGCACAUGACAUCCUGGGAAUAGAAAUGCAAUUAGACAUUGAGAAUAUUGAUGAGCCAAUAGGAGCUGAUGGGUUAGAGAAAUAAGGAGGUGAAGAGAAUCCAGGAUUUUAAGGUUUAAAUGAAGUUAGAGACUAGAUUUGGAGCGAGUAAGAGAAGAUACAGAAUUAUAUUUAAAAGAUUAAGAACUGGGAAAAUUAGAACUAGCAUUAUUUUUAACUGAAAUCAUAUAAUGCAUGUGUUCAUACCAAGUAGAACAAAAAUGGCCUUUUUUUCCUCUCAUAUUUAAACUCCACAUUAUCUACUGUAAUGUUCCACAAAGGGCACAUGUUUAGUAAAUAUUGCCUUUAGUGUCCAAUUAUGUUUGAGCUUGCUGUAGAGUUUAGAUUUCUAAUUGCUAAUCAUGUUUCAUUUUAAAAAUAAUCUAUAAUGUUAUUUGCAAGAAUUUCAAUCCAUAGUCUUCUAGAAAAAAAAACAAUACCAUAGGCAGAAAAAUAAUAUUUCAGGUAAUAGAGCACGUCACUGCAUACAAAUCCAUUCUUACUUCAAUCAAAAAAGAAUAUGAUGCCUUUAUUGAGACAAUAAAGAAAGGCCGAAGAACUACAUUUUGUCUUCAUGGAAAACUUAAAGGUUUGGCAGCAGAGCCUACAGCUUUGGUAUAUCACAGGAAAAGAACAAUCCAACUUGAAGCAAAGCUCUCCUGAACCCUUUUCAACUAGGCCUGACUUUUGGACUUCCACAUUCAUCUCUGCACCAUUCAAUUUUAGCAAGAAUCCUGUGAAGUAAGUUUAGCCAGAACCCCCGAUCCAUGACAUGUGAUCCCCCAACCAUCCUCCAGGUGAUGUCUAGUUACCGUGACCUGCCUUCAACAAGAAUCCUCUUAGAAUGAGGAUUAUCGAAAGUAAUUCCUCGAAGAUUCAAUCUCAAAUAGAUCAAAUCAAGCAGUGUAGGGCAGAGUAUGACACAAAAGAAGUAAAAUAUUGUACUUUCUCCAAAGAUCCUUCAAAACCUAUUCCAGGCAUGACUCUUCAAGAAUCCAUGAAUCUAGAUGCUCUCACUAAAUACAUGAAACAUCUUGAAGAUAAAUAUGCAGAAAUUAAACAAGCUAUGUUGAUAAAAUAUGUGCCAGCUCAGAGGAAGGCUGAUUUAGAUGAAGAAAUGAUUGUGUUAUUAAAACGGCGAGAUGUAGCUGAAAAUCUGAACAAAAAAUUACAGUUUUGUCAUCAAAGACUGCAGAUAAUUUCACAGGCACUUACUUCAUGGGUAAAAUCUGAUAUGAGCAGCCCAUUUCAGGACUUUGUGGAGCAAAUUCAGAAAACCAAAUAUUUACAAGUGGUACUUUCAAUAUUUACAGGUGACCAAGGCAUUGUUGAAGAACUAAUGGAAGAUGAUCCACGCAGGGCAAAAGAAGCUGAAAUUAUGCUUCACUACAUUGAAAGAUUUAAUGAGUUAAUCUCACUUGGUGAAUAUGAAAAAGCAGCUUGUUAUGCAGCAAACAGUCCUAGAAGAAUUCUUCGAAACAUUGGUACAAUGAAUACAUUUAAGGCUGCUGGAAAAAUUAGAGGAAAGCCUCUUCCAUUACUCUUAUUUUUUGAGGCCCUCUUUAUCACAAGUCAUGCUUUUCGAUGUCCUGUUGAUGCAGCCCUAACCCUGGAAGGAAUCAAAUGUGGAUUAUCGGAAAAACGGUUAGAUUUAGUUACCAACUGGGUUACACAGGAAAGACUGACAUUUUCUGAGGAGGCUGGGGAUGUGAUUUGUGAUUAUGGGGAGCAGGAUACUUAUAACAAGGCCAAGUGCCUGGCUUUAGCUCAGAUUAUCUACAGUGAAUGCGGCCUGCACAAGAAAGCUAUUCUUUGCUUGUGUAAACAGGGUCAGACUCAUAGGGUCAUGGAAUACAUACAGCAGUUGAAGGACUUUACUACCGAUGACCUGUUGCAGCUAUUAAUGUCAUGUCCCCAAGUUGAAUUAAUUCAGUGUCUCACUAAAGAGUUGAAUGAGAAACAACUAUCUUUAUCUUUUGGUCUUGCCAUACUUCAUCUGUUCUCUGUAGAUAUGAAAACAGUUGGCAUUAAGCUACUUCAAGAAAUAAGUAAAGGUGGGAUAGAUGCAGUAGAAAGUCUUAUGAUAAAUGAUUCCUUUUGCUCCAUAGAAAAGUGGCAAGAAGUGGCAAAUAUAUGUUCACAGAAUGGCUUUGACAAAUUAUCUAAUGACAUCAUGUCUAUUCUUCGAUCUCAGGCUGCAGUUACAGAAAUUUCUGAAGAGGAUGACGCAGUCAACCUAAUGGAACAUGUGUUUUGGUAGUUCUAUAUCUUAACCAGCUGAGGGAGCUUGUACAACACCUUACGUAUGCUGGUUGGGCAAACCGAUUUUAACAUAACUAACUUAUAAAUAAACCUAGAGUAAGAAGAUCUCAGAAAUAAAUCACACUUUUGUUAUGAUGACAUUUA